GAGAUCAUCCGCAAGAACUUCAACCUGAAGCCUGGUGUCAUUGUUCGCGACCUCGGCCUGCAAAAGCCGAUCUACCGUAAGACCGCCGCCGGCGGUCAUUUUGGUCGCUCGGAGUUCAGCUGGGAACAGCCAAAGAAGCUCAGCGCCUAA